GUCAGCAUUCUAGUUAACAGAGAAAUGCACGAUACACGGGAAAGGGUACGUUAGGGUCCCUGAAAAUCCGUAAUAAAGCAAAUGCGAUUGACGUAGGACUAAUUGUAAGGAUUACUGCAAACCGUAUGGAUGUAAUAUGUAAAAUGUACCUAUGAGUUUGCCGAAGACGGCAGGCACGCUUCGGCAGGUAAUUGCCGAAACCUUAUGUGGCCAACUGCACAGUCGAGCUGACUCAGGACCUUCGUCGUCUGCAUUAGCUUCACCUCAAGACAAUAUGGGAAAAGUUCACGGCUCUCUUGCCCGUGCUGGCAAAGUCAAAUCACAGACACCAAAGGUUGAAGCGCAGGAGAAGAAAAAGACGCCCAAGGGCCGCGCCAAGAAGCGUGUUCUAUACAACCGUCGGUGAGCAGCUUGACGGCUUGAAAAUGGAGGACGAUG